AUGUCUCUAACUAACGCCUCCCACGAUUCGCUGCCCUACAUCGAUAGACCCCUUACCCCCUCUGCAACCUCCAAAGCCACAGCUCUAAUCGCCGCCGAGCUCAAACAAAGCGAUACGUCUGCUUUACACCCAUCAUUACCCACUUUCCCGUCCCCGAAUUUCACACCAUUCGUUGAACAGGAAUUGGAAAGGAUCUCGAAAAAUAUACCGUUCACAGAUGGUGUAGACGCCAGUCGUUACGAACCCCAAUCCCUUCCACCUUCUUCCUCGGAAGAAGAAUAUAAAAAACUCUUACAAACAUCAUACGCAACAACAACUCAUCUACAGAACCGAUUGACAAACUUAACCCUUCUGUCGAAUUUCGGGCAAAACGCCUGGUUGAUAUCAAAUUCACAAACGGAAGGUGUACUAGCAAGUUUAGAACAUGAAUUGGUAUCAUUGAAAGAAGAAACUGAAAUCUUGAAUAGAGAACGGAAAAGGAAACAAGUGGAAGUUCAGCCGGAAAUGGAGUAUUUGGAAAAGAAGUGGAAGGAUGGGGUUGGUAGGGUUUUGGAGAUUGAAGUGGCAAGUGAAAUGGUGUUUCGGGAGACUUUGGAGAAGAGACGGAGCGGUCAGGUUUAG